AAUGUCGUUCUAUUUCUAGAAAUAAACAUAUUAAAAACCAAAAUGUGUUAACUAAAAAGUUAGUAGUGUGAUAUGGAAAACAUCUUAAUAUGGCUGUUCAUGUCUCUUGUCAUUUUUGUAUCUGCUAAAUUUUACGAGAUGGAUACCCGUGGAAGGAUUAACGGGCAAAUUAUGAUAGGAAGUUUGGCCAUGGUGCACGAUUCUCAUGGUAUUAAUAAUGUGAAUUGCAACUUAACCAAAAUUAAUCCCCAUGGAAUCCAACGUGUGGAAGCUAUGAGGUAUGCGGUUAGUCAGAUCAACAAAAACAACUCCCUGUUACCUGGAUUGACGUUUGGUUUGGAGGUUCGUGAUACGUGUGGUUCAGAAACAAGAGCAUUAGACGAGUCAUUACACUUUAUUGAUCGUGUUUCUGUAUGUGAAAACAAUACAAAACGAGAUGUAAUGUUUGGUGUUGUGGGACCGAGUACAAGUUUGAUAACAGCUGAGGUUGCAAAUUUGUUGCGUCUGUUCCGGAUUCCUCUGGUGUCGUACGCUGCUACUAGCAUCGAAUUGAGUGACAAGACCAAAUACGAUUUUCUCUUACGGACUGUACCCCCUGAUUCAUUCCAAGCAGAUGCUAUGGCAGAUUUUAUUGACAACGAGCUUGCGUGGAAAUCAGUUUUUGUAUUAUAUUCAACAGGUAGUUACGGAGAAUACGGUUACGAAGCAUUCAAAAUCGCCACCGAGAAGGAGAAUGUAAAAACGUGCAUAGCCGAUCAAGUCAAAAUACCCACCACAACAAAUACGACUGAUAUGCGGAAACUUUUGCAUCGAUUUCGUAGUGCUAAAUCAAACAACAAAGCUAUCGUUCGUGGAAUUGUCUGCUAUUGUGAGUUGCAUGAUAUUCAAACGCUCAUAAAUGCUGCAGAUAGUGAUCCGGCGUUUAGUGAUUUUAGAUUUAUCGGAGGUGAUACUUUUGUGCUGGGACCAAAAUCGAACAAAUCCAUUAUUUUCUCUCUCCAUUAUAACGUGACCGAUUUGAAAGAUUUUAACGAGAACUGGUACAGCAAAUUGAAUCCGAGUAACGUCAAUGCUACAGAAAAUCCUUGGUUUGAAGAUUUCUGGAUGGAGCGUUGUAAUGGUAGCGAAGCGAAUUGUUCUCUCUGCGAACACAGCCUCACUGCUGGUGUAGUUUGUCCUAGAGACGACAAAGUAGCGUACACUAUAGACGCUGUGUAUUCGUUCGCGCACGCUAUCCAUAAUGCAUUGCAGGAUUAUAAUGGCAGCGUGGACGAGCUAACGAAAUUUGUAAAUCGAAAGGAUGAUAAAUUUUUUAAGAAUUAUUUAAAAAAAGUUGACUUCCAAGGUUCGUCUGGUCGUGUGCAAUUUAAUGACUCGAUUGUCUGGGGAUCUUAUGAUAUAAACCAGUUUGACGAAGAAGGUAAACUGAGACUAAUUGGCACAUGGGACUGGGAAGGUCUUCGUGCUAUCUCGCGAGUGGAUAGGAAUCGGUUUUACGUUGGUGAUAGCUCGUGUAAACCAGAAUGCAAAUCGGAAGAACGGAGAGUACCGUUUAAAAAUUGCUGCUGGGCUUGUGAAAGAUGUAAGCCCAACGAUUACAUCGAGUCAAAAACCAACUGCAUGCCGUGUGGCCGUGGUAAAAAACCGAACGCAUCGUACACCGGUUGUUACGAUCUGAAGGUUAUUCACAUUAGUUUGUCGUGGAAAGUCGUUCUUUGCAUUAUAGCUACGUGUGGUGUUGCUGCUACGUUAUUUACAAUCAAGACGUUUAUCUCGCACAACGAUACACCGCUGGUGAAAGGUUCUGGUCGGGAGCUGAGUUACGUGUUAUUGUUCGGCAUACUAAUGCUGUUUUGUAUCCCGUUCUUGUUGUUGGCCGAUCCGCGCAGGACUAUAUGCGGGAUUGCUCGAUUCAGUGUCGGCUUAAUGUUGUGUGUUUGCUAUAGCGCGUUGCUAAUCAAAACCAAUCGAAUUGCGAGGAUUUUCUCAGGGCGACAGAAUUUAUUGUUUUUGACACCCAACUGGCAAUUACUGCUUGCAACGUUUUUGUUAAUGCCGCAGAUUUUAAUCGGCGCAAUUGGUUUAAUCGAACACCCGCCCAUUUUUUCGAUCGAUUAUUCGUUCCCUACUUAUGGCGUGAAAAAAUGUAAUUCGGAGACGCCCGACCUUAUCGUUUCAAUCUCCUACAACCUCGUUUUGGUUUUUCUCACCACGUAUUACGCGUUCCGCACCCGAAAAGUUCCCGCCAAUUUCAAUGAGGCGCGGUUUAUCGGAUUUGUUAUGUAUACCACGUGUGUGUUAUGGCUGGCGUUUUUGCCGGUAUUUUACGGAACAAGCUCAGAGUACAAGACGAUAUUUAUUAUCCUAAACUUGACAAUGAACGCUGCGACGCUUCUGAUUGGUCUAUUCGGUAUUAAGCUGUAUAUUAUACUACUGCGACCAGAUAAAAACUCACGUACAAAUUCAAAGCUGAGAUCUAUAACGUUCUGUUCGGAAGGAAACUAUUCGUCCGGUGUAUUAAAUUUGGAUAGUACGGUUGCGCUAGAAGCCAAGAUGGAGAGUGUUUCUUCACAAAAUGGUCUAACUGUACGAUACACCAAAUCCACCACCGAAGCUUCUCUUGUUCUAGAAGGUGAAGAAACGCAAACUCCUGCGGAGGAGAGUAGUAUUCAUGACGACGUAUUUACUAAUGAGAAUACAAACGAAAAAAGCGGAGAGCUUCAUGUAAAUUAUAUUCCACAACAAAACAAUUUCCAUAGAGCCCUUCGUCACACGCUAACUUUGUAGUUGAGAAUGUGUUCAUAUGUGAUCUACGGAGAAGUACAAUUGUUAUGCGUUCUCUGUACGCUCCCUUUUUGGUCAGGAAAGACGAAUUAGAUACUGGCGUUGUAAUAGAUGUUACGAAAACACGCUGUGGUGGAGUAGUGAAACCAUCCUCGUCACCAGACCUCUUAAUGUUAUCAAAGAGCUCUGGGGACGAGAAUGCAGUAGAACAGUCCAUAUUCCUGUUUUGUUCUUAUAUCUGAUUUAGACGAUGCAAAUUUUAUAGACGUGUUAUUUGCGUGUGUGUCGUGAUUCACACUAGCAUGAAUUUUAUAAAGAGAUGUGUUUAUACAAAUGUUAGAUGUGACAGAUAUGUUUAUAGAAAAUACUUGGCGAUAAUACAGAUGAAGUCAUAAUUUUAUAAAUAGCUCAUUAUUUUUAUUUUUUACAAUCUGAUAAUAUUAUCACCUCUCAUAGUUUAUAAAUUUUAUUUUUAUUUUUGCAGAAUUUGGGAGUUCGUCCUUAAUUUAAUUUAAUUUCGUUUGUCUGUAGCACGACUUCUUUUCUGGCAACACACAGAAUACGAAUACUAAAGAAAUAAGUCGAAUUGUCAGAAAGACUUAAAAUAUCAUUUUUUUUUAAGAUCACGAGGCUUAAAUUGAAAAGUAUGAUUCUUAUGUAAAAAAGUGUGUAGUGUCGUCAUGAGUAACUAAACGUCAAAAAACAAACGUCAAAAACAAACGACAAAAAACAAACGUCAAAAGAAAAUGUCAAAAAACUAACGUCAAAAAAAAAACGUCAAAAACAAGCGUCAAGUAUUACAAUUGCUUUUAAAUUUUACUUCUCCCGCUUUAACCCAAAACUCAAAAUCGAAAAUUAUUUGGAUGACCGAUUUGAAAUCACAUCAUCUAUAUAAAUUUGACUUUUGUCGAAUAUUUUUUGAUACGUGAGUGGUUUAUUACUCCCAUCUUACGUGGGCGGUGGAAAACAGGGCGUUCAGGUAAUUGGGUCGCGAAUAAUUAUUGUAUAUACAUAUAGCUUCUCCAUAACAUUUUUUUUGGUAGUAGCAAUUUUUAAUCUUUUAAAUAUUAAGAACUUAAUUGUUGUAGAAUUUUAGUUAAAUUUUAGUUAAAGAGAAAUUUGAUAAUUUUGUAAAAAGUGUAAUGUAUAUAUUUUUUUCAUUCUGUAUAUUCGGAUAAAAUUUUAUAAUUCUACGUUUCCAAUUUAGCUAUGAUUACACCAGAAUUUUUUUUGUCCACUAUUUUUAUUAUUUGGUUUUGGUUUGCUAGCUACACCAGAAAGUGAAACAUCUACACGAAAGUUCAAAGUGGAUUUUUUUUGGUAUACUAUUAUUAUCUUGUUCUUUUUCUUUCUUUUUUUAAUGUGAUAAAAUAAAAUUUAGAUAAAAUAAUAUUUAAAGAAAUUGGAGACAUAUUUUUUUUAAGAGAUAAAAAUGCAUGAAAAUUAUAGUUCUAAAAGUCCUUUUCAUAUCACCCCCCCCCCCCCCCCCCCCUCCAUUCAAAGGUGGACCAUGCAGAAUAAUUAUCUGUUAAAUCAUACUCAGAGUGAUUCUGUCACGUCAAAUUCAGAGUGAUUCUGUCCAGGCUAUAGUUUAUUACGUCAUCGAUCCAAAUGUUUACUUUUGUACCGACGUCUUUAAAUAGAGUUCUAUUCAGAGGGACCAAUAAUGAAAGGAAUAUCUCUCGAAAACGAACGUAAACAGCUUAUUUUAUUGCUUUAAUAUUGAAUUUAACAGUCCCGUAGGAAAGGAUGGGGGAGGGGGAAAGGGGUGUCUUAGUCCUUCCUCAAUAGUUUUUUGUAAUUGAACAUAUAAAAAGCAAUAUUAGUACCUUCCCUUUUGCUUUUUCUGUCAAUCGAGAGGUGCUAAUUUGCGAAAUCUUCCCCUCAACCCAAACAUAGUAGAUCUUUGCAGAAACACCAAAUUUAAACCCCCAAGAAGCUCCCUCAUCUACGAAAGAGUUUAGUGUAGAGAGACUCUAACACUUGUUUCAAUUUGUUUCGUUUAGAAGUUAUAUUUCUUUGUUUGUUUUUUCAGAGCAGAGCAUAUAUUUUGCAAAAUAUAAAUUUCUAUGGUUAUAUACAUAUUUUUUUGUAAUAGCAAGAAACAAUUUAAAGCCUUGUUUA